AUACAGUGUAGCACUCAUUUAGAUUUAGAUUUAGCACUCAAUAAAUUGUUAGUUAUGGUACACAGCCGACUAUGGAAACAUGUGGUUUCAGUUUAACACCUCCAUCACACCUUGAAUUGAUGACCGAUAUCUGACAAAGGUCUAUAUUAUCACGUCUUCAACCAACAUUUCCUUUGUGCAGCAAAUACAUCUUUUACAUUUCUAAAACUAUUAUAGUACUGCAAAAUGGUCUUCGUGCAGAUUUUUCAGGUGGUUGUGGUGCUCUACCUUAAUACAUAUUUUACACACUGUGUGGUUCUCCACCAGCCUGACUCGGUUAUCUCAGCCCAGCCUGGUGACAAUGUGACUUUACAGUGCUUGUUCAUGAAAAACUACAGCAUCUACGACAUGUUUUGGUACAAGCAAAUCAAGGGCCAGCAGCCAUGUGCUGUAGUUAAGGAAGGAGCAGUCACUGGUCCCAUUUUUCAUAAAGGAUAUAAAAACACACGCUUCAAGAUUAGCAAAUCAAUGGAAAGCUUUUCUCUUAGUAUCCAAAACAUUAGUCAGUGGGAUGAGGCAGUCUACUACUGUGGAGCAGAGAUUUUUUUUUAUGUUGAGUUUGGAAAUGGAGCAUUUUUGACAUUAAAUGGAUUGUACUCUAAAUUUACAGAUGAAAGAGAUUAUCAGACUGCAGUUGUCAUCUUUCAGUGGCAUAUUAUAGGAAAAUGUACUGUGUGGAUCAUUUUUCUCUGCAUCGGGAUUAAAAAACAAAAUGAGACUGGCAGAGCCCAAACCAAUUUCACCUACCCCUCUACCUGCCCUAAGAGAGAGAGCAAAGAAAUCCAUAUAGAAAUGGCUGUAACUGAGACUGAAACCUCCAACACAGUCUAUGCUGCUGAGUAGAGUGAUGCCCAAUAAUGGAAGACCAUUCUCGGCUGAAACAUCUUAUCAAAAAAAUAAAAAAUGAUAUUGCUUUAACAAUUCAAAUAUUUUUGUGAAGCAGAAAUUAGAUUAGAUUCCAAUAGAUGCCAUUUUAAGGUGAUCUCUAUGUGAAUUUUAGGAGAAAAUAAAUAA